GCCAGUGCUGCAAAGCGAAAGCGUUCUUCUAAUUUGUUGCUAAUGUUUUUGGGGAGUGGUUUUGUUUGCUAAUUUAGCGCGUUUAUUUACCUUCAGCUUAUCUGCUAUCUAACCAUCGAGAUUGUAAGAUGAAAUCCUGGGAGAUAGCUUUGGUGGUGGUUGCUGCCGUUUACUUGUGUUCGCAAGUAAAUUUUGUUAACGGAUUGGAGUGCUAUGUGUGCUCCAACCAAACGGGCAAUACGGAAAAGUGCCUUAACACUAUCAAGACCUGCGAGCCCUAUGAAAACGUAUGCGGGACGGAGAUUCGCUGGGGAUCCCAACCGUACUUCUCUGAGGGAGCUCUAAAGCAGUACUACGUCUCCAAGCGAUGUAUGACCAAGGAACAGUGUCAGUCGAAGAGAAAAAGAUAUAUGCAGCUUUACUGCACCCACAUUUGGUACGAGGAUUGGGCGUGCAACGAGUGCUGCCAGGGCGAUCGGUGCAACUACUUCGUGAUUAGUGGAGCUCUCUCAAGACAAGGUUAUGGAGUCGGUUUGACGCUGUUCCUGACCCUUUUAAGCCUAGGAUCUUGGCUAAUUUCACUUUCUUAGUCUUGAAAGUCUUCGUUAUUCCAUACCCAUUCCGAUUUUGGUAUUAAUUCAACAAAACCGUCCAUAAGUUAAGUAUAUUCCAACGAAAAGUUUAAAAGUACUCCGUCCAAGUGCCUUGGCUCAACAGAGAGAGGUAAAAAGUAAACUAGUUUAAUUACUAGCCUGAAGCCUUAAGAAGUAGACUUCGCUUUCUAAUAUUUUAAACAUUUUCGAAUGUACAUUUUUACUGGAAACUACUCAAUGAGUAGUAAAUUUUCUUACGUCAAUUUUGAAAAGUAUUUAUACAGUCAAAUUUCUAUAUAUUGAAGUUUAUAAUCUUGAAUUGAUUUAAGUGGUAUAGAGAUAUAUAUAAUAUUCGAAAUCUCAGUCUCCUAACUCGAAUCAAUAUCGGUAAUUUCUGUUAUUGUUGGAAGUUAGACUUUACCUGUUUUACAGCUACUGAAUUUUUUUUUUCCAAUUUUUUAAAAUAUUUAACGUUUUUUAACCCUUGAUUCGAUAUUUUAACAACAAUAAAACACAUAUUAUGUUAAAAUAAAGUAAAAGCGAAAUUCUAAGCUUAGUUCAGGUGAUUAAAAUUAGAAUAUACUAUAAGAAUAUAGAAAUCCGAUUUAAAUAAUAUACACUCAAUCCCCCCUGCAAUAAAGCAACUUUGACGUCUUUUUGGCGCUUUAAUAAACAAUUAUUCAACUGUCA